AUGACCAUCACCGCAGCUACUCGCAUCGUGACAGAGCGUCGUCUGCCUACACCACCCAUAGAUGGCCAGGCUCAGUCCACUCCUCGAAUAUAUCCUGCUCCAGACUUUCCCUUUCGAGGCUGGCAACCUCCGCAGCCCGAUGGUUAUCGGCAAAGUGCUGCAUCCCCCUCAGAGACCGCCAUCGUGAUUGACAAUGGAGCAAGUACCAUCAAAGCCGGCUUCUCCUCUGACCAGACCCCUCGAUUCAUGGUGCCUCCGAUUGUCGCAAAAUUCAAGGAUCGAAAAUACAACAAAUAUUGUGCAUUUGUUGGUCACGAUGCCUUCGCCGAUGCAACCACCCGUGGCCAGAUAAGAACUGCUUUCGAGCAGCAUACAAGUAUCCCCACAAAUUGGGAUAUCAUGGAAGGCAUAUACGACUACCUGUUUCUGAAACUAGGAGUGGAUAGUGAAGGCAGCGUGGACCGCCCACUCGUUGUUACAGAGCCAGUGGCAAACCUAGGACACAGCAGGAGAAUGAUGAACGAUAUGCUCUUCGAGUGCUACGGGGUUCCUAGCGUCACCUAUGGCAUCGACAGCCUCUUCUCAUACCGACAAAAUAAGGGCCAUUCCGGUCUGAUUGUAUCAUCCUCCCAUACUUCCACUCACAUCAUACCCAUAUUGAACCAAAAACCUCAAAUGCAAUCCUGUGCCAGGUUGAAUUGGGGAGGCUCCCAGGCACAGGAAUUCCUGCUCAAGCUCCUAAAACUGAAAUACCCCACAUUUCCCGGGAAACUCACCAAUGAGCAGAUGGAGUCGUACAUCAAGCAGUACAGCUAUCUGUCCAAUGACUACCAGGCAGAGAUAGCCGGCUAUUUGGACUGGUCUGGCCUUGAGCAGGAGCGCGACAUCAUCGUUCAGUAUCCCUUUACAGAGCAAGUCGUGGUGGAGAAAUCGGAAGAAGAGCUCGCAAGAAUAGCGGAGAGAAAGAAGGAAUCAGGACGCCGCCUACAGGAACAAGCUGCUAGGAUGCGUCUUGAAAAAUUGAUGAAAAAGGAGCAAGAUCUAGAAUACUACCAAAAGACGCACACCUCAUACGUCGAAGCCCCCACAAAGAAAGAACAACGAAGAAUCCUGGACGAGGCCGAGUUCAAGGAUGAGGCAGCCCUCGAACGCAUCAUAAGAGAUCUCGAAAAAUCCAUCAGAAAAUCCCGCAACAAAGACCUUGGCGCACCUGAAGAAGAGGAGACUUUGGAGGAGCAACUCAACAAAUUUCCUCUUCUUGAGGUACCAGAUGAUCAGUUGGACGAAGAUGGCAUCAAAGAGAAAAGACAUCAAAGGCUGAUGAAGUCUGGUGUUGAAGCAAGAAUUCGAGCCAAAGCGGAAAAGGAGGCCGAACGAGCACGAGAGGCAGAGCGCCAGCGAUUGGAUGUUGAGGUCCGUGAAAAUCGCUUCGAUGACUGGCUUGCUGGACGAAGAGAACAACAUGAUCAGCUCUUGACCAAGAUCAAAGAACAAGCAAGACAAAAGGCAGACUCUGGCAAUCGCAAGGGCAUGGCCUCUCAGAUGCGUAUGAAGACACUGGCCAAUCUUGCCUCGGAUGGUCCCAAACGGAAAAGACGAGGUGGAGGAGAGUACGAUGACGAUUUUGGAGCAAAUGAUGAUGACUGGGGUGUCUACAGAACUGUUGCCACCGACCCUGCCAGUGACGAUGAAGAACCCGAGGAAGAUCCUGUGGCGACUCUCAAGGCGCUAGAGAGCGAACUUCUCCAGUACGACCCAGAUUUUGAGGAGAAGGAUACACUUGAAGCACAGAAUGAUUGGACCAAGAGUGUACUGCAUGCAUUCCUUCGUGGGGCACGCCCUUCUGACCCGGAAAGUCAGCGGGAGGCCAACCAAAUUCAUCUGAAUGUUGAACGAAUUCGAGUUCCUGAGGUUGUCUUUCAACCAGCGAUUGCAGGUGUGGAUCAGGCAGGUCUUGUCGAAAUCAUCGAAGGCAUUGUGUUGGGACGCUUCUCCGAUCCCACUCAACAGCAGGCGCUCCUCAAAGAUGUCUUUCUAACUGGAGGCAACACAAUGUUCACCACGUUUGAGGAGCGGCUCAAACGGGAACUCAUAGCGACCGUGCCCGCCGACUUCACGGUGAAUGUCAGAAAAGCUGGCGAUCCAGUACUCGAUGCAUGGAAGGGCGCUGCGUCGUGGUGGAGCUCUGGAGAACGAGCAGAGCGCGAGACAGCCACUAUCACUCGUGCAGACUAUCUAGAAAAGGGGAACGACUACAUGAAGGUGAAUAUGCAUAUUCCAAUCCGACAAUCGUUGGCUAACCUGUUCUAG